UGUUCUGUCAUCGGUAGAAUUUUGACAGCUGAGCGGUUUUAUUGUGAGUGAUGCUCCGACAUUGAUAUUGGUUUCGUUCUUUCUCGUUCGACAGCCAACUAAAUAUGCAGCAAAAGAAAAGAGAACCUCUCCAGGCUGUUCAAGUCUUUGGCAAAAAGAAAACAGCUACUGCUGUUGCCCAUUGCAAACGCGGUCAUGGAUUGAUCCGUGUCAAUGGUCGUCCAUUGGACAACAUUGAACCAAAAGUUUUGCAAGCUAAACUCCAAGAACCAGUUCUUCUCUUGGGCAAAGAAAAGUUCGCCGGUGUCGACAUUCGUGUUCGCGUCAGCGGUGGUGGUCAUGUAUCACAAAUCUACGCCAUCCGUCAAGCCAUCUCAAAGGCCUUGGUCGCUUAUUAUCAAAAAUACGUCGAUGAAGCCUCAAAGAAAGAAUUGAAAGACAUCCUCAUCCAAUACGACCGAACAUUGUUGGUUGGUGAUCCACGUCGCUGCGAACCAAAGAAAUUCGGCGGUCCAGGCGCUCGUGCUCGUUAUCAAAAAUCGUACCGUUAAGAUUAUUCUUUUGUACCAAUACAGAGCAAAUAUGUACCGAAUUUUGUUUUGGUGAAAAAAAAACACAACUUUUUUUUCAAAAGCAA